CGCCCCGCGCAGGGCCCGGUCAUUGGUGGAGCGCAGGACAGAGAGCGGUGCGGUAGAUAGACUGCCGCUACGCUAUUGGGGGAGGGAAGACAAACUGGAUCUGAACAAAAAAAAAAGACCAGAUAACAACAAUAUCAAGUUGGAAAUAGAAAGCGCGAGACGCGGCUGCUCGAACAUAUUUACUCGUUAAAAUAUUUCGGAUGUCAGCAUGGCUCAGAUGUUUACUAUAUCAGACAGUGAGUCAGAGCCCUCAGAGGAGGUAGGAAAAACCGAAAAGGACCAAUCGUCUGCCGGAAAGGGGAUGACUGGCGGUCCAAUAGGCCACGCCCUCACUGUGCCUGAGAUGAGACUGGCAGGAGAGGGUCGGUUGAGGAUGAACUCAGAGUCCCAGGCCCAUGAGAUCCAGGGUAGGGGGCCAGGGGUGGAAGGCGUGCCCACAGACGGAGCAUCUUUCCGGGGUCGCUCCCAGUCGGCCCCCCCUGCCCUCUGGGCGGCCAAGAGAUACGGGCGGCAGCUCCGACGCAUGAGUGACGAGUUUGAUACGUGGCUGGAUAAAGGGGAGAUGAGGCGGGUGAAGAGUGCGGGAGCAGCCAAACAGAUGACCAAGUCCCCCAGCUGGUGGGCCUACCUGUUCAGUCAUAAGGAGACAGAGACAGAACAUACCCCUACCAUCCCACCACGAUCAUCUGAGUAGAGAGGAGGAUGGAGGGAGGGAGGGAGAGAGAGGAGGUGGAGGGAGAAGGAGAGAGAUCGGGGUGGAGGGAGAGGAAGGCGAAAGGGGAGAGAGGAUUGGAAGGAGACAGAACCCAUCCGUAAUCGUACCGCUAUUGAACCACGGUCAUCAGAGUACAGAGAAGGGGAUGUUUCCCAUGCCAAUAAAGCCCCUUGAAUUGAGAGAGAAAAAGAGGGGGACAGAAGAUGGAUUGAGAAAGGGAGAGAUGGGCCUACCUGUUCUCAGCUGCUACUGAAACAUGAUCAGAAAAGUAUAGAGAGGGAUGGAGGGAGAGGAAGGAGAGAGAGGGAUGGAGGGAGAGGUAGGAGACAGUAACAAAGUAGAAGGUGGAGAGGUAGAAGGAGAGAAUAAAAGGGGAUGAGACCUUACCCAAACAAGAACAACUAGUUUGCCAGCAAGAAAUUGAUUUUCCAACUUCACUCUAGUGAAAGCAUCCACCCAAGGCCCAAACGGGCCUUUAGUUAAUAAUUUUUGACUGUUUCUCCCAUUAACACUAUGCAACACAGAGAGAGUCCAGACAACAUGCACUGAGACAGAACAAAACGGCGGUCGGGUUCUCUCAUAAACUCUUCUCCGCCUCAAUUAAUCUCUCCUUGUUUCCUCGUAUCCUAUUUCCUCCUCAACCGUACUGGUCCCUCCCUUCCCCCUGACCUUCUUUUCCAAUGCAUUUUUAGAAGGACAUGGAGGAGCGGUGGUGUAAGGAAUCAAGGAAAUAUGGAUUGAGAAUGAGUGUUACUGUGUUUGUAUCCCAAAUGGCACCCUAUUCCCCACAGGCCCCGGUCAAAAGUAGUUGCACUAUAUAGGGAAUAGGGUGCCAUAGGCCCUGGUCAAAAGUAGUUGCACUAUAUAGGAAAUAGGGUGCCAUUUGGGACGCAGUCCGUGUGGUAGUUAGCAACCACAACCGCCGCCAUCUUAGAGUGAUGGCUGCACUCCGACAACUAAUCCCAUUUCAAAAUAAAUGUCUCAAAUAUGAGGAACCAUCUUGUUUAAAUGACAAUCUUUGAUAACAGUGCUAAUGAUAUGUUUUGUAUUAAGAACUGCAGGGGAACAUUUUUAUCAGACAAUAGAAUUGAAUUAACUAAGAUGUAGACUUUCAGAGCAAAACCAAUGAGAAUUAAAGACUUGGGUCUUUUAAAAACUGUAAAUACUGUUAAUAUUUCAAUGAAUGAAACUAAAAAUGGACAAUAACAUGUAAACUGCUGAACAACAAAAUGUGAUUUUUUAUUAAUGAUACUAUGUGUAUGUCACAAAUAGCACCCUAUUCCCUACACAGUGCACUACUUCUGACCAGGGCCUAUAUAGGGAAUAGGGUGCCAUUUGAGGCGAAUCCCCUCUCUGUAAGCCUGUAUUUUUA